AUGUUUAAUUUAUUCAUUCUGAAUUUGCAUCUGCUGUUGAAGAGUUACAAUUUCUUACUAGAGAUUGUAGUAAAACUUACUUAUAAAGAAGUGUUUUCAUUCUGCAUAUCAUUGGUUUUCUAUUCUUUAACUUAAUGUUCAUAAAUUUAUAGCAUUGGAGAUUGGAAAUAACUUCUAGGAGUAACAAUACUACCAAUUUUAGAUGAUAUUUUUUUGAACUCUUCUUUGAAGGAGGUACAUGGUUAAUCUAUCAUUUAGGUUUCUAAUGUGUUUCUAAUUAAAUUUUAUUAUCAGUUAAAGUGUUUAUGUUGGUUGAAUGGCUCUGGGUGUGUGAAACCAACUUUCGCUGUAUUUUUUUUUGCACUUCUUGUUGAUGAACAUUUCAAGUACUAUUCAUAUUACUUCAUUUAAUUAAGUAGUUAAUAUUUAAACAUUUUAUCUUUUAUUUCCAAUUAGAAAAUAGUUAUAUAUGAUAACUAAUUAUUCAGAUGUUGA